AUGAAGUACAACUGUUGUCAACAAUCAGGUCUCUGUCCCAAGAACCAAACAUGUAAACCAAUCGACUCCCAAGAACAGCCCUGGAAACGUUUUAGCUGCGAAUGCCCAGAAGGUUACCAUGGAAACAACUGUGACGAGCCAAUCAUGUCAUGUGGCGGGUAUUUAAAUGGUCCUCGAAAAUCGGGCAUGCACAAAGUAAUGGAUUCUGAAAAGACAGUGUAUGAAGUAUACUGUCAUUUUGAAUCUGAUGUAGCUUGGACUCUGGUGCAGUCUUACAGUUUUGCAAAUGGUUCUCUUGAUCAGUUCAAGGAAUCUUUAUCCGCAGAUCGUCCUAUCAGUGAAAAUGCUCUGACAUGGAGCGGCUAUAGACUUAGCAAAGCAAGAAUGGAAUCUAUCAAAAGUAGUUCAAGUUUUCUGCAGUUCACAUGUGACUAUGAGAAACACAUUGAUUUAAACCAGUCCGACUUCGUUCAACUCGAGCUUCAACAUCUUAAAACCACAGUAGCGGGAAACAUCGUUGACGUACUUGAACUGAAUGGAUACACACCCAAUGUUGUUGUUCGCAAUGGGCGUGGUAAAGUUGGAGAAUAUGAUUUACGUGAUUGUCAAAUUCAGCUCGUUCAGUGGACGCAAUGGCCUUUGCAUGUCUAUAGGAUUUAUGGAUGUAGAUUCAACGUAUUGUUUUGUACCGACAAUAGCUAUUACAACCUUUUUGGCAGCUAUCAUUCACAUUCUGCUUGUGUUAAAAAAGUACAUCGUUGUGUGCAGAAUGCUAAUUCUACGACCCAGCUAUGGUUUGGCAUGAGUAAGACGAGUAAGGCUAGCACAACACAACCACCUCAUGGAGACACAACUUCCGGCGGUUCCGUUGAAGCCUCGGGGAAUCCCUGA